UAGCACUCAUAGGGGCUCAUACUCAUAGGUCAAGCAGUUCAUCAGCUGGCAGAUUGACAAGUGGAGUGAUAACUUGUCGACGCGUGCGUUAGCCGUUAUUUUAGAAAUAUGAAAACGUUCAUAUUUUUCGCAAUCAUCUGCGUUGCAAAUGCGAAGUGGAUCAAUUCUGACUCUUCAGAUGAAAAAACCCUAGAAGAGUUUUACAAAGACAACCAAAUUCGAAAUAACGAUAUAGACAGUGAUUGGAGUAAGGUUAAAGAUUAUUUUCCUAAGAGGCAAAUUAACACACUAGGCGAUCCAGUAACAAUAAAAGUUGAUCAUAAGGCAAAUAAAGCUAAAAAGUAUAAGCCAGACUGGAAGGAUUUGGACUCACGACCGUUACCUGAGUGGUAUGAUCGCGCCAAAAUUGGCAUAUUUCUUCACUGGGGUGUCUAUAGCGUGCCUAGUUUCCAUUCUGAAUGGUUCUGGUACAAUUGGAAAACGGCUGAUGAUAAGAAAAUAACAAAAUUUAUGGAGCAAAACUAUCCACCUGGAUUCUCUUAUCAGGAGUUUGCACCUAUGUUUACUGCAGAGUUUUUUGAUCCUAAACAGUGGGCAACACUGUUUACCAAAUCCGGAGCAAAGUACGUAGUGCUUACGAGCAAGCAUCAUGAGGGGUUUACUCUUUUCCCAUCAAAACAGUCAUUUAGUUGGAAUUCAAUUGAUGUUGGACCUCACCGUGACCUUGUUGGCGAGCUUGGCAAAGCAAUAAGACAAGAAGGCCUAAGAUAUGGUUUGUACCAUUCUUUGUAUGAAUGGUACAAUCCUAAAUACUUGUCAGAUCAAUCUACAAAUUUCACAAAAUUUACAUAUCCGCAAGAAAAGCUAUGGCCUGAUCUGAAACAGCUAAUUAAUGAUUACCAUCCGUCUGUUAUAUGGUCCGACGGAGAUUGGGAAGCUGCAGACACCUAUUGGAACUCCACUGAACUGCUUGCCUGGUUGUAUAACGACAGUCCCGUAAAGGAUGAUGUGGUUGUUAAUGACAGAUGGGGUAGGGGUACAGGGUGUGUUCACGGAGAUUUCUACAAUUGUGCAGAUAGAUAUGAUCCUGGAACUUUACAAAAACAUAAAUGGGAGAAUGCUUUUACUGUCGACCUUAACUCUUGGGGCUACAGGAGAAAUAUGAAUAUAGGCGAAUUAUAUAACAUGGAAGAUUUGUUGAAAGUCCUUAUUAGGACAGUAAGCUGUGGAGGCAAUGUCCUCAUUAAUGUAGGACCGACAAAGGAAGGUACGAUAGUACCAGUAUUCCAAGAAAGACUAUUGGCAUUAGGGGACUGGCUCCAAAUUAACGGAGAGGCCAUCUACAACAGUUCACCUUGGUUGCAUCAAAACGACAGUAGUAUCAAUAACGAGGUUUGGUAUACUUGCGCCAAAACUGAAUACAAUGGAUUGCACCCAACAGCGGUGCCUAGUGAGAAUGAUACUGUCACAGCAAUCUACGCACUCUUUACAACGUGGCCGGAUGAUGACCAACUGAGGCUGAAGGAUAUCGUUCCUCUACUGCACAGUGGUGGAUACGAAGUUCAAAUGCUGGGACAAAAAGAUAAUGCACUGAAAUGGGAAAUUGCCGACGAAAUGGUUGUCAUACAACUUCCACUACGUACUAAAUCAAAGAAUGCAUGGGCGUUAAAAAUCAUUAAAAAAUAAAAUAUUUUGAGUACGUGCCUAUUUACUAACUAUGUAGGCAUAAGCUUGUGUAGAUAAGAAAUACGAAUACCUACAGUAUUUUGUAGAAUUGUUCAAUUUUGAGAUUACUUAUAAGUAUUUGUAUUUUAUGCUUCUAAUUUGUUAAAUAUAAUACAAUACAA